AUGAUGGAUGCCCUCACACAAGCAGCAACGUACGGGGACCCAGACGAUGAAGACGAAGACUGGGAGGACGUCAGCCUGGGCCUCUUCCGUGGCAAUAGCGCCGAUACGUUUGGGUUCAUGGAGGGAGACGUGCUGCUGGAGGGCGAGCGGGUGCGACUAAAGGUGAUACACAACGGCGGCGACAACUGCAUCGACGCGCGACUUGCGGAGGAGAUGAAGAACUGCGACAUCGUCAUCCUGCUUUUCGACAUCGCCAACAAACCCACCAUGGAGAAGCUCAAGACCAAGUGGUAUCCACUUGUCCGGAGCUGGAACGGAUCAGCGCCGCUCGUGCUGAUCGGGAACAAGCGCGACCUGCGCGCUGAUAAAACAGAUCACGUGCAAACGGCCGAGGGCGAGGCCGCUGCGGUGGCACUGGGCGAUAUCCCCUACAUAGAAACUUCGUUGGCUCACGACACCUGGGACGAGGAGACGACCACCCUCUGGCAGGCCUGUGUGCAGCUCUACAAGCGCACACCAACCAAGAAGAGCGAGUGA